GCACCCAUGAAGGGACUGCAACUUGUUUUUGUGAAUCCUUCCGCCGGGCCUUCAUGGCGAAAAGGUCGAAGGCCGGGCCUUUAUACAUCGUUGAACACCUGGAGGAGGGCCUAGGUGAAUGGUGUCGCCUCGAGUACAAGCACAUGGCCUCGUUCGUGCCACCGGAGCAACUGGUCUUUGUGCGAUGGCCAGCAGAGGAGGACGUCACUCAAUUGGUGUCCAGCGGGGCGGCACCGAAAGCCAACACGAAGCGUUUGGAGCAGCUGGUGCCACCUGCUGAUUGGCCAGGUGGUCCAUCCCUGCCUGAUUGGGACAGAAUCUGCCUGCUAGAUAUGAAUGCCGAGGAGGCCCUGGAGCCCAACGACGUGGCCAAGUUCGAUGCCUUCGUCUUUGGAGGGAUCUUGGGCAAUGUGAUUGAGAAGGAAGAUGGAUCUUAUGGAAGCGAUGAUCGGACCUCUGAGAUUCGUGCCUCCUUCAAGCACCGCAGGCAUUUGGGACCCUGGCAAAUGACCACUGACUCCGCGAUGCUCUACACCCAGAAGGUGCUGGAAAGCGCCUGCCCCUUGGCGGAGAUCCCCGGGAUCGAGUCGCCCGAGUUCGAACGCUCACGACGGCGAGGACCUGAGGAGGCGUCCGACUCGGUGUGUAUGGAGGGAUUCCGCUACAUGGCUCGACGGGGUCCAAGUGGCAAGUGGGAACCCAUCCUACCAGACGGCAUGAAGGAGCUUCUUCUUGCUGAUGCAGAUAAUGACAUUCUGAGCUCGCUCGCGUAAGCAAAAAGCCUUGGUGCCUCAGCGCCUUCCGCGUUCUUUUCCUCCUAUGCUUAUGCAGUGAUCUUGUGUGCAUGCACAAGAGAAUUGAAAGUUGUUUCUUGAGCGUCAUAGACUCAUAGUGGGCGGGACAUGGGAGC